ACAUCUUUUGUCGAAAUCGGGGGAAAAUCAUAUGGUUUUUGUUUGUGUUAAUUUCCAAGAAUUUUGAACAAUGAACCAUUAGUUUUCCAAAAAAAAGACACACGUCGUUUGUUCUUGUUAACAAUAAUUUUUUUAACUCAAUUUCUUAAAACAAACAAAGCAGCAGAUUAACUGCCACGCUUUAUCAUUUUAUUGUUUAUUCAAUUCUCUAAGCACAACUAUGCCAAAUCUAAUUGACAAUAUAAUAAUCCAAGUCCGAGCUCGACUUCAACAACAACAAAUAAAACUCUGGCUCGAACCAUUCUAUUAUCAGGAAAUUGGUGUUGUCGAAUCGGAAUUAGAGAAACUUGCUGAAGAAUUUAGUGGGAAUCUGUCGAUUUCUGUUUCCAAUUGUAAAUUGGCUUUGAGUGAGUUACAGGAUGGAGCUCUGCGUAAAUUAGCAUCACGCAAGGAAUUCGAAGAAACUGGUUUGGCAACAUUUAGUGUCCGUCGUGUUAGCAACAACGAGGGCACGGAAAAUGUCUUCGAAGUCAAAUGUGCUCUUUCUGAUCUCGGUGAAGAGCUUCAACAAAGAAUCGCUGAGAAAUUACAACUCAGUGAUGCUUCAAGUAUAAAAAUUAUAAGCGCUGGAAAGAUUGUUAAUCCAAAAGUUGUUCUUGAACUUCAAGGAAUCAAAAAUAAUCAACAAUUGAUGACUAUAAUCGGUGGAGUUGACAAUAACUCUCAAAACACUCAAGAUGCAAUGUACGAUCGUAUUAAGAAAAUCAAAGAAGAUGUAGAGGCUAUUGUUAGUUCUGGAAAUCGUCUAUUUGAGAUGGAAGAUCAAGAUGGAAAUCCAGUUUUUCUUCCACCAAAUGAAAAUAAAGCUUUGCUUAUGGCAAUGGGCUAUUGCGAGAAGGCUCGAUCAGCUAUUAAACGCAAUCAAUAUGAUGAAGCUUUAAUUUUGCUUUUGGAAGCUGAUGAAAAGUUCAUCACAUGCAAUUCAAAGUUUUUGGAGUCAGUGGAUAAUUAUGCGCUGGUCAAUUUGGAUAUUGUUUGGUGUUAUCUUUGUCUUAAGAAUCUUACACAACUACCUGAUGCUCAACGUCGUUUAGAAAUUUGUGAAAAAAGCUUUCAUCGUAGCUAUGGCAAAGAUCUAAGCCGUUUAAUUAACCUUAAAGGUGAUUCAUGCCCAGAACGAGCUCUUAUAAUGCGUCUCCAUCUGCUCCAAGGUGUUUUAUUAUUUCAUCAAAAUCGACGCAAUGAAGCUUAUGAAAAACUCGAUCUUGCUCAGUCAGAGCUUAGUAAAUUGAAAGUUGAUGAUUCCACUGUGGAUCAGCUAGUUGAAAUGGGAUUUGAUGCGGUGGAGUCAAGAAUAGGUUUGCGUGCUUGUAAAGGAGACCUUUGUCAAGCUAUCAGUUUUAUUCAAGAUCGAAAAAAUAAAAUCGCCGAAGCUCGCAAGAAGUCAAGGAAAGAGAGAAAACUUAAUGCGAAACUUGAUCAUUCGUCGAAGUCGGAGAGUGAAUCUGAAAAUUGGGUUAAUCCACGAAGUGUGUGCUCUUUGGUUGAGAUGGGCUUUCCACAAGAGCUAGUUGUUGUGGCUUUGAAAAAGUCAGAUAAUGAUUUAACGAAGGCGUUGGAUAUGUUACAAUCGAAUACAGAAGCAUUAAUUGAAGCCCUUCCAACAACUCCACAGACUGUCGAUGAAACAUUGUUCGAUGAACUUAAGAAAAUGGGUUUUGAUGAAAAAACAGUCCGAUUAGCUUUGGAAUCCACAAUGAAUAAUAGCGAAAAAGCAAUGGAGUUCCUUUUGAAAACAUUUGAAAAUCAGAAUGAACUUAGUGCUACUAUUCAACAACUGGUUAAUGCCACUUCAGGAGCAUCAACUUCCACUGGAGCAGUUAGUGGUGAAUCAUCGAUUGUGGGCAAAUUUUUAAAGAAGGCACAAAGGGAAAUCGAUUCCAUGAGUGCAUAUAAUCGCUUCAAUGAGGAUAUAUCUCCCAAUGAAAAUGAGUAUUUGGACUUGCCAUUGGUACAAGAGGAACAAAUUCUUGCUGAGUACAAACGCUUCUUGGAGCAAUGAACCAAAUAAAGGUUGUUUCAAUUUUUUUUAAAAAUAUGUUUAAAAAUAUCCAUAAAUGUGUGUGUAAUUAAUGCUAAGCAUUGUUUUAAUAUAUGUUUUCAAAAUAUGUAAUAUGUGACCAAUUGCGUUAAGAAAUAAAAUAUAUUUUUUUAUUGUGACAUGAA